AUCACUUUUUCACUACAGUUAAAUCAAUUCCUUUCUUUUUUCGUGGAAAAAUAAAAAUAAAAAGCGCUUUGUUUUUCUCAAUUUCCUCAAUUUUCGCUAAUUUGUCUCCUCUUUUCUGCUUCUUUUAUUGAUUCAUUGAAACAUACAUACAUAUAUGUAUAUAUCGGUUCACACAUUGAUUAUCCAUUUUUUUUAUUUGAUCAAUGGGGAUCGGCUAUUUUGUUUUUAAAUUAGGGUUUGUAUUUAUUGAACCAUAGUUCAAGAAUUGUUUUUUUUUUUCUCAGUUGACAACGUUAAUUGGUGGGAUUUGAUCUAUAAAAGUGUAUUUUGGAUACAUUUUUGUGUAAAGAUUGUAUUUUGGAUUGUUGGGGGUUCUUUAUUGUUUCUAUAUUAGGUGAAGAUUUGAAUAGAAAGGUGUGAUUGUUGCUUUUGAGUAUUUGGUUCUUGAAAUCUUGAAGUGGAGUUGUUUAGUUACCUAUAUUAGGUGAAGAUUUGAAUAGAAAUGUGUGAUUUGUUGCUUUUGAUAUUUGGUUCUUGAAAUCUUGAAGUGGAGUUGUUAAGUUAGAAUGGAUCAUGUUGUGGGUGGGAAGUUUAAACUGGGAAGGAAGAUUGGAAGUGGGUCGUUUGGUGAGCUUUAUUUAGGUGUGAAUAUACAGAAUGGAGAAGAAGUUGCCAUUAAGCUGGAAUCUGUCAAGACAAAGCACCCUCAACUGCACUAUGAAUCAAAAAUAUAUAUGCUUCUCUCAGGAGGAACUGGAAUUCCCAACCUUAAAUGGUUUGGAGUGGAAGGUGAGUACAAUGUGAUGGUCAUAGACCUUCUUGGACCGAGCUUGGAAGACCUCUUCAACUAUUGUAAUAGGAAGCUUUCUUUGAAAUCAGUGUUGAUGCUUGCAGAUCAGCUAAUCAAUAGAGUUGAAUACAUGCACUCAAGAGGAUUUCUUCACCGUGACAUAAAGCCAGACAACUUUCUAAUGGGCCUUGGUCGCAAAGCAAAUCAGGUGUACGCCAUUGACUUCGGGCUUGCCAAAAAGUAUAGGGAUCUCCAAACUCACAAGCAUAUACCAUACAGGGAAAACAAGAAUCUGACAGGCACAGCUCGCUAUGCCAGUGUCAACACACACCUUGGAGUUGAGCAAAGCAGAAGAGAUGAUUUGGAAUCUCUGGGCUAUGUGCUUAUGUAUUUUCUUAGAGGAAGUCUUCCAUGGCAGGGAUUGAAAGCUGGUACUAAGAAGCAAAAGUAUGAUAAAAUCAGUGAGAAAAAGAUGUUGACAACAAUAGAGGUGCUAUGUAAAUCAUAUCCGUCAGAGUUCAUAUCAUACUUCCAUUAUUGUCGGUCAUUACGGUUUGAAGAUAAACCUGACUAUUCAUAUUUGAAGAGGCUUUUCAGGGACUUGUUUAUUCGUGAAGGUUAUCAGUUUGACUAUGUGUUUGAUUGGACCAUCUUGAAGUAUCCUCAGAUUGGUGCCAGUUCUAGAGGACGUAAUAUUAGUGGAAGUGCGCCGCUAAAUGCUGCUGGGCCAUCUGCUGAAAGACCGGGAAGGACAUCAGUGGGACAGGAUAUUCGAGACAGGUUUUCUGGUGCGGUUGGAGCGUUUGCCCGGAGGAAUACUUCUGGUUCUGGUAGGCAGGGGGAACACUCCAGACACAAGACUUCAGAUGAUAUACCUUCAUCUAAAGAUGUGCAAGCUGAUUCAGAAAGAGGCCGUACGUCAAGAAAUUGUAGCUCGUCCAGAAGGGCUGCGAUUUCAAGUAGCAGACCGAGCUCUUCUGGUGAGCCUACAGACAGUCGCACAAGCAGCAGAUUAAUGUCGAGCAGUGGCCGCUUAUCCGCCACACAAAGGAUUCAUUCUGGAAUUGAACCGAAACCAUCUUUGUUCUCCCGAACCUCAGCUACAAAGGGCAGCCGCGAUGACCCUCUUCGGAGCUUUGAGCUUCUUUCAAUCCGGAAGUAAAUUGAUGCUUGUAAAGAGAAUUUCUCGUUGUUUGAAUCUUGUGAUCCUAUAAAAGGAUGUCUCGGUGCUGUACAUUGAAUUUUUCUACAUGAAAACUAAAUCUUAAUCCAACUUUAUAACUUGGUUUGUUUUACGUGAAGAGUUCUGGUGAUUGUAACGCUAUUUAGGCUCAUCCAAAAUGGUGAAGAAACUGUGUUUCAAGUUCUA